CUUCUGUUACCGCGUAAGCAGGCGCGAGUUGGAGUAAGAUUGUUUGAAACGGCUUGCGUGGUCACCAUGGAAACUAGCUAAGCGGAAGCCACUUUGAAGUGACGGCGGGUUGCGGACGGAGAGUAGUUAAAAGUUACAAAAUGAAAAUGCAGACGAAAAUAUUCCGAUCUAACCUAUGCAUUUAAUUCACUCAACUUAAAAGGGAUAUUUUCUCAAUCCGCAAGGAUCCGCAAGGACCACAUAGUGAAAACCCGAGAACAAUUACCAUUCAGAGGAAGUUGAGGGUAAAUCCACGAGUAAACCAGACGGGGUUGAAGUUGUUGAGUAACAACUCUCUUGGUGACUUGGAGAAGAUGGCAUCCUGCCUAUAUGAGUGUCUUUGUGAAGCAGGCUUGCAGAAGUAUUUCACUCAGUUCACCAACAUGGGUGUGAAGAAUCCUCAGGAGCUUUCAAGAAUCACCAUGCUUGACUAUCCACAGCUGGGUAUACAUGACAUAAAAGACUGUACAAGACUUUUUCAGCUAGUACAGAUGAUAAAAGCUUUACAAGCAGAUGAUGGGAAAAGGGACCCAACAAGGUCUAGGUCUAAUCCUUGUCGUCAACUAGACUUCAGUAUCUCUCCAGAGGGAAAUACAGCAACGUCUCAAGGAUGCUUUAUCUCUUCCUCCUUCUCCUCUUCAUCCUCAUCCUUAGCUUCUUCCUCCUCGUCAAAGAAAAAUAAACAGAAUUGCAGGAAAACCUGUCAUGAUCAGUACUCGCCAAGUGACAGUCUGGAAAGCAGACCAAUACUAAAGGAAUUGGCACAGGAUGUUAAUUUAAAUGAACAUUUUCCAAGUAGAACUUGCAUGAUGAGUCCUAAAGUCUCAAACAAAGUUUUGCAUUUGAAGAAAUUGGUACAUACUACAGGAUAUAACUAUGGUGUCCCCCAUGCAUCCCCCAGGAAAGGCAAGUCACAUCAAAAUCAAUGUGAAGAUCAAAUGGAAUGCCAAAAGAUUCGAGUAUGCAUCAGGAAAAGGCCCAUGGGAGUGCAAGAAGUGCAUCGGGGAGAGACCGAUAUAAUUAGCACCUUAGACAAAAAAUCUGUGUUGAUCCAUGAAAUGAAGGAAGCAGUUGAUCUCACAGAAUAUCUCUUGCAGCAUGAAUUUCACUUUGAUGAAGUCUUUGAUGAAACAUGUACUAAUCAAGAUGUAUAUAUGAAGACAACCUUUCCCCUGAUCCAACAUGUUUUUAAAGGAGGGAAAGCUACAUGUUUUGCAUAUGGUCAGACAGGUGCUGGAAAAACGCACACCAUGAUUGGGACACGGCAAAAGCCAGGGCUGUAUGCAUUGGCUGCAAGGGACAUCUUCCAGCUGUUAGACAAAUCUCAGCUAUGUCAGAAAUUUCAUGUCUAUAUCAGCUUCUUUGAGAUUUACUGUGGGCAGCUGUAUGACCUCCUUAAUAGAAAGAAACGGUUGUUUGCCAGAGAAGAUGGAAAUCAUGUUGUUCAAAUUGUAGGACUACGUGAGGAAAAGGUUGCAAGUGCUGACAUGCUUCUAGAGGCAAUUUCGUGGGGAAACCAAGAACGCAGCAGAGGUGCUAGUGGAGUGAACACAGACUCCUCGCGCUCCCAUGGCAUUAUUCAGAUCCAGAUAAAGGAUCUUGCACGAAGAGUAUUUGGAAGGAUUUCUUUCAUUGACUUGGCGGGCAGUGAACGUGCAGCAGAUACCAGAGACCCUGAUAAAGUGACCAAGAUGGAAGGAGCUGAAAUUAAUCAAAGUCUUCUUGCUUUGAAAGAGUGCAUUCGGGCCCUUGACCAGGAGCAUACUCACACACCCUUCAGACAGAGCAAACUCACCCAGGUACUGAAAGAUUCUUUUAUUGGAAAUUCAAAAACUUGUAUGAUCGCUAAUGUCUCCCCAAGCCAUGUAUCAACUGAACAUACACUCAACACAUUGCGUUAUGCAGACCGAGUUAAGGAGCUAAAAAGAGGAAUCAAGUCGUCUUCAUCUGUUUCAUCUUUCAAAAAAAGUAAAGUGCUGGGAGCCACUUCUCCAAAACACUGCAAAAACAGCUGCAAGGAAAGAAUCUGCAAUAAAAAAGUAAAGUUGAGAAAAGAAAAUGGAAUACCAUUCCCCAGCCAGUCAUACUUCCAACCCACAUACAAUUCAUUUCAAUCAAGUAAUGUUAUUCUCUCUUCAACUCCCAAAUCAUCUGUUCCCUCGAAAUAUUGUCGGGGUGCUAAAGAAGCCUGGAGGGAACAUGCAUCUCCCAUGAAAGGAAAAUUUAGAGGUGAAGGACAUCAGGAUAUACUUUCAAAACAAAGUGAUAAAGACAGUUCUCUGAAUUGUAUUGAUAUGUCAGUGAAAAACAAUGAUUUUAAAUCUAGCAUUGAUGCAAAUCCUUCAGUAACAAAUACGGAGCCCUACUUCCAUAAUCUACAGCAUUUACCACCAGUCUGGAAACAAAAUAUUUUAAGGAAGACAAAUUAUGAUAAUAGUUCAGUAAGCAGUGACCAUUUCUUCGACUCAAGUGUAAAUAGUACUAUUCAGCUAGAAGAAAGAGUACAUCACUUGGAGAUGUACCAUAAAAAUCUACAACAGCCAGCUAUACUACAGCAGACAUUGAGCUAUCAGCCACUGGAGGAUCUUCUUGCUCUAUAUAGAUUGGAAAACUUUGGGCAAACAUUGGACUACUUUCAUGAUGUUGGAGAUAUGAAAAAGCCUUACUGCCAAGACCAGGGAUUUCAUUAUAGUAAGGUGAACUCUCAAAGUAGAAGCAGUGAAAUGGACUUUAUAGAGAAGAAUCAGAUUGAUUUACAUCAUACACUUAGUAGUAACAACCCAGAUCAAGACGAUGAUAACACUAGUGCAUCAUUAAAUUUGUCAAGAGAUGAACAAGUGGAAAUCCUAAAGAUUGUGGCAAAGACCAGAGAACAAGAAGAAGGCGUAUUUGGUGCCUGUGAUUGGCAAAAUGAAGAAUGUAACGUAUAUGUUGGAGAACAUAAUGAUAACGCAGGUAAAGAAGAAUGCCAAUACAGCGGCAAACCUGUAUACCAGAAAAUGCUGUACACUGAUGCACAACAUGAGUUUAAAGAAGAAAAUGACUCUGGUCUUAAGGAUUUGAAAUUGUACCCUAACCAAUGGCUCGGUGAAACUACUUGGGGUUGUCUAGUAGAUGACAUACACAGCCAUUCUGAAUGGUGCACUGAAGAAGAGUACAGUACUGAUAGAUCUUCAGAAAGCAACAAAACUGCAGAUAAACUGUAUUCUCAGGAAGAUAAUCCUAUCUCUUCUGAGCCAAACCUGAAUGACCUAUCGGCUGAUCAAAAACAGCUGAAUAGUAUCCUUCCAGAAACACUUGAAGCACAUAAAGAAAUACCACUCUUCACUCAUAAGAAAUUCAUUAAUAUACCAACCUUGAAGACAGAAGUUACUAAACUGGACAAGUCGGAAGAGGAGUUUGGUCAUUUAAUACCAGCACAUGGUGUAAAAUCUUCUGACACAGAAAAUUCAGAGAAUAUCUUUGAUUCUCUGAUUUUAGACGAUUCUGUUUCAGGAAAUAUGGCUCCUUUAACCGUGUCACUGCUAGAUGUUGAAAGAACAGAUGCUUCAGAUUCCAUUUUCCAGGUUGCUCCCAUUUGUCAAAAUGAAUCCAUCUCUAUGAAUCCUUACGCUGCUGCUAAGAAUUCUUUAGAGGAAAGUAGAGAAGAUUGUCUGCUGCAAUCAUCCAAUACAGAAACAAAGAACCUAAAAGGGCAUGAAGUCCCACACCUAGCUUUGGGCAACUCUUCUGUCACUGAUUCAGCAAAUGACUACUCUGGCACUGACAGUAUCUGUGGACUACAGCAGGAAGACUUGGCUAUAGUCAUAUCUGCUGGUAACUUUGUAACUCAUGAUUACUGCAUUAGCAAAUAUUCAAUUAACUUAUUAUCAGACCUCCAGGGACAGCAUCAUCAGUCUUGUAAAGAAACUGGAAAUAACCAAAGUACUGAGAAAAAACAUAGCAUUGAAAUUCCAAAUGAAAUGGAUAAUGUUAUGUCUGUGGCUGCUGGGAACAUUCUUGACAGAGUGCCUGAGAAGAUACCUCCAUUCUCCUUAUCAAAAAAGCUAGAGAAAGCAGAGUCAAAAGAGUGUGUUGUCCCCAGGAGAGAACUUGAAAAACCAACAGAUGACUGUAAAAGACCUAACGGCAAUUUCACUCAGUUAGGUGAAGUUAAUUUUCCUGAGGUAACUAGAAUGGAGAUUAAUGAACCCAAACUAAAUAGCCAGAAUUUUAAGCUUUUCAAAGAGGAACUGUUUUUAAAUGGAUCUUUCAAUUUUACUGUUGGCCAUGAUUUAAAAACAUUUAGUGAGUCCAAGGUGACUGUUAUGCCACUACCACCUCUUCAAGAGUCUGUUGGAAUUGAUGAAGCAAUGCUAGGGAAGCAGAUAGAUGCCCUAGGAAAAGUACGGAGGCGUUUAGUAGAGGCUCAUUAUGAAGAACUGGAUGAGAUGGAGAGCUUGAAUCAGAAGGAAAAGGCUUUAUUGCUUAGCCUGCCAGAAAAGGGAGUAGCUGUUACUACGGUGGAUCAGCUCCUUCCAAUGGUGUCCAAUGUCUCUCCUUUCAACUCUCUGGGUGCCUUAUCUGUUGUCUCAGUGUAUGCUCCGACCACGACAGGUGCAUCUGCCGAUCCUAGUGUGUUGUGGGAGACUUUCCAUUACAAGACCCUGAAGGUUGCUGAGGGUUGUGUUGGUGUGGCUGGUAUUCCCAGAAGGAGGUAUUACAUCUUGUAG